AUGAAAAAUGAACCAUUAUUACGUGAGUUUUGAAUUUGGGAGAUUUUAAAAAUUUUCCAAAAAAAAGGUCCGGGAAAUUUUUUCAAAAAAUGAGUCCAGAAGUCGCGGCCUAUUUUUUAAAAAAAUUUAUGAUCAUAAAUUUUUCCUAUGGCAACGAAAAAAAAUUUUGAAAAAAAUCUGAAAUUUUUGAUUUAAAACUUGGAUCCAAUCUGAAUUUUUAUAGUUAUAGAGACUCCAAUAAUUUUUAAAAAUUCUGAAAAAAUUGAUUUUUUAAAAUUAUUUCGGACACCCAUUUCAUAUCUGCCUUCAAACCCCAAAACCCCCCAAUUUUCCAGCGCAUAUCCGACCUUCAACAAAAAAUCGUAUCAGAAAAUAUCUCUACAUAAUCACUUUUGUCCUAGCCAUAUUUCUCCUUUAUCGAUCCUUAUCAAAAUCAAAUGAUGAAAACAUCCAAAAACUUGGUAGAAUAUCCGAUGUUAGUUUUUUCUUAGCCAAAGAAAUCUGGUUUUUAUAAAAAUUCACAAAAAAAAAUUUCUAGACAAUGUCUGGUGAGAUUUCAACUUUCGAGCAAAUCAAGCCAUCCGAAACUGGAAACACCGUGAAAAUUGAUUUAUAUGUGGAAUCUCUUUGUCCAGACACAUCAAGAUUCUUCCGUCAACAACUCAGUAAAAUGUGGGAUCUUCUUGGUGGUUCGUCACGAAUUCAAUUAACUAUUUCACCAUUUGGAAAAGCGAGAUGUGUUGAGGAAAAUAAUGACUUCAAGUGAGCCAUUUUAAUUGGUUUUUUUUCCCAACUCAAAAAUCUUUCAGAUGUCAAUGUCAACACGGGAACCUCGAAUGCGAAAUAAAUCAACUUCAGAAUUGUAUAAUUGAUCGAACGGGUUUUCCAGAGAAGUUUGUGCCAGCAGUUUUGUGUAUGCAGGGAAAACAUUCACUUGAGGAAGCUCUCAAAUGUGUUGAGACGGUUUUGCCGGGAGAAACUCAUAGGUUUGUGGAAGGGAGAAGAUCUGGAGGGUAGUGAAAUUUUUGACCACGUGGAAUUUUUUUGUGCUGAAAUCUAAUCUGAAAAUUUGAAUAGUUAGAGAAAGUUUUGAAUUUUCAAAAACUCAAAUUUUAAUGCCACGUGUUAAAAUAAUAAAAAAAUUCAAAUUUCGAAAAUACCUUCCACGUGAAAAUUUUGGCGCGAAAAUUUAAUAAUUUAAAAAAUCCCAGAAAGUUUCGAAAUUUUAAAAACAUCCACGUGGAUCUUUGAGCGCGAUUUCAAAAAUUCAAAUUUUAAAUACUUGCCGACAAAAAAACUUGAAUGCUUUUUCAGUUUCAAAACCACUUCUUUCCCAAUUUCCUGGUCCCAACCGGAUAAAAAAUAGUUAAUUCUCUCGAAAAUCCCAGCCUGCGGCAAUAAUGUAUUAGUACAAUAUUUUGAUGUACUUAAAAAUCAAAACAUAAAUUGUUCACGUCAUUUUAGAAACCUAGGUACAAAGAUCGAAACUCCCCCUGGGGAACAUCUUAAGUAUUUCACACUCAGUCAAAAUGUUCCUAAAAAAAAGAGCACACAAAGUGCUCUAACUCAAUUGUCUAUCCCUUUUCUUACUUAUCCUAAGUCCCUUCAGAAUGCGUGAAUGUGCAUCUGGCCAACGUGGUCGUCGUCUACUUGCUCUCGCUGGUCAACGAACAGCCGCACUUCGACCAUCGAUCGAAUUUAUUCCAUGGAUUAUGAUAAAUGGCGAACGGAAUUCAGAUGCGCUCUAUGAUUUGACACAAAAUGUUUGUCAAGCGAUGGAACCCAAAUCACCGGCUUGUAAAAAUUAUUUGAAAUCGCUGAAUUUGACUUGA